CCUUAAAAAAAUUCACACGAACUCUUCUUCCUCGCGCACUCUUCUUCUUCCUCGCGCCGCUUGGAGAAUACACAGGGUUCAGGGUUGCAGCGCCUCAUCCUCCUGGCCACGCCUUGCAGAGCCUUGUCACGCCUUCCCACGCCUCACUGCCCUAAACGUGCAACUUGCGAAACAGCCGACCUCCUCUGCCGCCUCGCUCCGACGCGCGCGAAGGCAUGCCUUUGAAAACACUGGGUCCCAUAGGAACCCCUCUUCUUUCUCCAUUCUUUUAGCUUGCUGCAGUCGCGCCGGAGCUGCAACUACCCGAUCAACUGUACCAACUUGAUGGAGUGCGUGGUUCAGGGAAUUAUAGAAACACAGCAUGUUGAGGCCCUCGAGAUUCUUCUUCAGGGUCUUUGUGGUGUUCGCAGAGAACGUUUGAGGGUCCAUGAGAUAUGUCUUAAAAGUGGCCCGAACCUUGGGGUUGUAGCUUCAGAGGUUCGACUUAUAUGCAAUCUGGAGCAAACUGAACCAACAUGGACUGUAAGGCAUAUAGGAGGUGCAAUGAGAGGUGCAGGUGCUGAGCAAAUUUCAGUUCUAGUAAGAACCAUGGUCGAAAGCAAAGCAAGCAAGAAUGUGCUUCGCUUGUUUUAUGCACUUGGCUACAAGUUGGACCAUGAGCUUCUGAGGGUGGGAUUUGCCUUCCAUUUCCAGAGGGGCACACAGAUCACUGUGACUGUGUCAUCAGUUAAUAAGAUGCUACAACUGCAUGCCACAGAUGAGGCUGUCCCUGUAACUCCCGGGAUACAGUUGGUAGAAGUGACAGCCCCUGCUACAUCUGAAAACUAUACUGAAGUUGUUGCUGCAGUAUCAUCUUUUUGUGAAUAUCUUGCGCCGCUCCUGCAUUUGUCAAAACCGGGCAUUUCAACUGGGGUUGUUCCUACAGCUGCUGCGGCUGCUGCAUCUCUCAUGUCAGAUGGUGGGGGUACGACCUUAUAGCAGAAGUUGUAAAUUGCUUUGAUUUAAGUAUCUCGUGUCAAUGUUGAAUGAUAUAUGGAUCAUCUGUAGCAAUCAGAACUGCUUGUCAAACUUCAUGUUAAUUCCCCAAAGUAGUUUUUCCAUAACUUGAACUUUAGAUAGUUGUGUUAGUGACAGUUCCACACAUGUAGUUGUGAUCGUCAAUGACAAUCACAGCUCUCUUUUUUCCCUAGGCAAUCUAUUCAAUACUGAAUGAAA